UCAGUUGUGGGUCGUAUCCCCACCUGUCGUGAAGGAACACAGGCCGGAAACACCGCUGCUGCUGCAGGACCUGUUCAAGCGGCAGGAACCGAUACUGAUGAUGGAGGUGUUUUUGUAGGUGGCAUACCAAAUCUGGGUGGAACUGGCCGCACAGAGGUAGAGGAAAUCCGUCGCGCUGCAGGUCCUGCUGCAGGCCCCACAUAUGAGCAAACUAUUGUAGGUGUUUCCACCAAACAUACCAUGCAGAUAGCUAAUUGAAGUAUCAGAUCCAGGCCCCAGUUGUCGAUAUCAAUCCAAUUUCCGAAUGGACACCAGGAUACAUUGCGCAGGCAUUUCCAACCCUCUUCCCAGAUGGGACUGCAGAUUUCUACUCCCCACGUCAACGCAAAAUUGAUCUUGGUGAAUACUUCACACACCUUAUGAAGUUCGAGGGUGGUCGGUUUGCCCGACAUCGACGCUUCCCAUGGUUUGCGUUUAAUACGCUUCAACGCCACCGUACCAGGUCGCAGGCGCAGAUCUUUGUCCGGCAGAACCACGAUGCUGGGAGGUUGACAGCAGAAGAACUCGCGGCAAUGUUGCGUGAAGGAGACGCGUCUGUUGCGCGCAAGAUGAUUAGAUAUGGCGCCAAGCUUCGAGGGACCCGUGCCUAUUGGCAUGCACGAAGGAAUGAACUCACCGACAUGAUUCGCGUGAAGGGAUCUCCACAUUUCUUCUUCACACUCAGCGCCGCCGACCUUCAAUGGCCGGAUCUGCACCAGCACAUGCCCCCAGAGCUUCCUGCCGAGGCGACAGCUGCCAACGAGGAUGCUACAAAACGUGAGCGGCGCCAACGACGGCUGGCUGUUGAACGGAAUCCUCACAUGGCCGCGUCCUAUCUUGAUCACCGCGUGCAGAUUUUUAUGAAACAUUAUGUCGGUACAAUGUUUCCUGUCAAACACUCAUGGUAUCGCUAUGAGUGGCAAGAACGGGGAAGCGGGCACGUACAUGGUUUUGUUUGGCUGAAAGAUGCGCCAAAUCCGGACGACAUCAACUGGGCAGUCUCCUCAGUGAUGGCGAUUAAUCUUUGCGAGGCAGAGAGGGAUAAUCCUAGCUAUGUUCUACGACACGAUUAUACCUACAUGAUUAAUCCCCGGAAGAUCAAGGCUGAGAAAGGUUUUGACGACUGCUGGCAGGGAGGAUUAGUGCGGAGAUUAUAUUUCGGAUUAUUGGGGAUUAUGCUGCAUUACGAUUACCGUCAAGAUUAUGUCGUGGAUUAUUAUGAAGAUUAUGUCGGAUUAUCUCGAGAUUAG